AUUAUAGUCGUUUUAUAGUGAAUAUCUUAUAAUUGAAGGACAAUUCUAAUAGGGAGAAGCUUUGUACAGUUUCCUUCAGUGAUAUACGUAGAAUGAUGUAGAUUCAUAGUAAGCACCACUGAACGUUAAAAACUGCACUUCCGUUCAUGAAUAGCGUCCGGGAAUGAACCACACUGAAAUCAUGAGGCACAGAAUGGAGGUUACUAGUAGUUCAUACUAGUAUCCAACAAUGGAAGGACCAAUCUAAGAGGCGAAAGCUUUGUGGGUGAUUUCGUUCAGAGAGCGAUACAGAUCCAUGGAAUGACAUACGUAACACUGACUUAAUUUUACCCCCGCUCCUUCGACAUCAUAGUUCAAUCCAAGCGGACGCUAUGUGUACUUAAGGGAGCAAAGGUCAGAAGUGAACCGUACUGAGAAAAUAGCGACACGGCGACUGUUUCCUUUGUGCUGCCGGAACAAAGCUCAACUUUUACAACUAGCGUCGCCGUGAGUUCAAGUAAUGCCGUUGCUGUGAACAGGUAUAACGAACGAUCGCCGUGACUACAUCACGGUCGGCAACAAGCACGGCGACGGUUGGCUGAUUUCCCCACCGAUAAUUUGCAAGUGUCUUCCAAUAAUCUGCAUGUAUAAAUGAUGUAGACAAAAACAGCAGCGACCGAUCGAUCGCACGUUUAAUACGUAUCGCGGCCAUGCGGAUGAAAACGUUGGCGGUUCUGUUCUUCGGUUACGUCGCGUACGUGAUCCUGGGAGGAGGGAUAUUCCACUACCUGGAGUCUGAGAACGAGAACCAGAACUUGAACUUGAGUCCACCCCGGGAAGGUUUUGACUUGCAGGAGAUCUUGGAGGAGCUGUCCGGAGAGCACCCGACCACGACACACGCCACACACCUGCAUUCUCAGUCCGUAACACUCACACCAGGAGAAAAGAUCUCUGAGGAAGAGUUCAGUGUAACUGAGGGGCGGCACAACAUCACGGUGGACGCUGACAGCCACCUUUCCUGCGGACACGACGGCCUGUCGGCGGUCCUGGAGUCCUUCAGAGCUAAAGUAGGUCGCGUUGACGACGCCAUAGCCGAUCUACGCAGAGACAUGGACGGGACCGGGCGCUGCGUCAGGACCAGGGACAUCCCGCUGGUCGUCCUGUCGUACAGCGAGCUGGAGUCCAUAGUCAGGCGAGCGGCUCAGGCUGGGAGGGAUGGAAUAGAUCCUGUAACGGGACAACAGGAACAACAACAGAACACCACGAAAUGGGACUUUCAGGCCUCGCUGGGAUUUGCCUUGACCGUGGUGACGACUAUAGGAUACGGGCACAUCUCGCCAGCCUCGGCUGUGGGCAGGGCUGUCUGUGUCCUGUACGCGCUGUUCGGGAUCCCCUUCACAGCCGUCCUCGUCACAAACAUAGCACAUCAUGUGGGAGACCAGGUCCGCAAGGCAGCGCUGCGGGUACACAAGGACCACCCGAAGUGGAGCCCGCAGAGAAUAAAACGGCUGACGGCGAUAACUCUGCUCCUCCUCGGCGUGCUCUCCUUCGUUCUUCUGCCCGCCCUGGUGAUCUGGUCCGUCGAGGGUUGGACGUUUUCCGAGACGCUGUACUACGUGUUCAUCUCCCUUAGCACAAUAGGGUUCGGGGACUACGUGGUAGGGCAGCAGCCGGAGGUUGCCUACUGGCCAGGCUACGUCAUACUCAUCUUCGUCUGGAUUCUGUGCGGGAUCGAGUACUUGGCCACGAUCUUCGAGCUCAUCUCUUUGGGGAUUAAGGGGCUGGACUCCAGAAUUGGGGGUCCCCGAAAGGACGGCGGCGGUGAGGGUGAACUCGAGGAAAGACUUGAAGACAGAAGUCGAGAAACGACGGUGUAAACUGCAUAUAUUAUGUAUUUUGCACAGGGCAGUCAUUGGCCCCAUGGCCAUAUUCACUAGGAUAAAAUUGUCCGGAUCGAGCCGAAUUGAUUCGUUUUGAUCUGGUUUCGAUUCGGCUCGAAUAGGAUCAAAAAAGCCUUCGGACAUCACAAAUUUGUGAUGAUAAUGUAUGUUCAUUCUCUUUUAUUGUGUUGUCAGUAUGUUCAUUUGUUUUAUAUGUUUGAACCCUGGAAGAUUAGUCCUCAUGGACUAAAGGGUAUCGAAAUAAACGAAUAAACGAACGAAAGCGAAUUAACUCGGCUUGAUCCGGAUUAUUUAUUCUAGUGGGAAAGGGGUCUUUGUGUUGCAUGUACAGUUGUGUCUGUUAUUAAA